GGGCUUAUCAAUAGCACGAAAUGUAACGUCCAUGCUGAAGGUGACGUCACCGAGCGUAUUUUAACUCCUCAAAUGAAUUGGCGGGGCGCGUCGUCACUAAGGGACCCGUUGCUUACGGAGUAGUUGCCGAAGCGAUUAAAAAGUGGUUGUUUUGUGUGUGUGUCUUAUUUAGCACCCCCCUCUCCAGGCGUAUCGGGACAAUUUUCGGGGGGGUGGGAGUUACGGAGGGUGGCUGCGACGUGGAUAUUAAAAAGCUCUGCGGGGCGUGCUUCGUCAGCGGCCGUGUGGCCUAAUGGAUAAGGCGUCUGACUUCGGAUCAGAAGAUUGCAGCGUUUCGAUGGCGCGUUAAGUGACCACCGACAAAGCGCGAUCGGCCUCCCCCCCUACCACCACCACGCUGUACGUGAACGAUUUCGACCAGGUGAAUUUAUUUUUUCCAAGAGCCGCUGGGUUUCCCAAACACCUGUGUGGGUUAUUUACGGCGCAGGUAACAGCUGUCGAUCCUCAGCUUCUUUGCCAAGGCGAGCCUGCCCCCCCCCAGGCAGUGAAUUUAACGUGUUUAUGUAAUUUUUCAACUUUUUACGAAACUUAGUGCCCCGAGUAGCUCUCGACGAGGCCAAUCGAUUGACCACUAGUUUUGUUGUCGGUAAGGCAAGACUCGUGUCUGGCCAUUCCAAGAUCCAUCUCGCUUCAUGAGAUCCCGAGGUCGUCUCGUUGCUAUCGUCUCUCUCCUUUGGCUGCGAUUCCAACACCAGCCGUCAGCCAAUCAAUCAUCCCGUCCGUCUUAGCCCCAUGAUGUGCCCUGCCCAAGCACACUUUUCUCAGCGGUGAAUACAAUAUCUGGAGUGAGUACUGGGCCACUUUUUGGGCGGUGGCAAGCCACAAGCUACCCCCCCCACUACAAAUCGCCUUGCGAGCAAGACGGCUCAUUAAGUUGGAUUGAGUAUCCCAGGGGCUCCCAAGGAUUACGGAACUCUGUGACCGGGCACGGAGAGGUGCAAGGGCAAGGCCCAGAGAUGACGUCUCCUGUGGGGAAGACCGACCAACAUUUCGUGGGCAGGGACUCGACCGCACAAUUGCUUCAACAAAUGGCUGUUUUGCGUGCGGAACUCAAAAAUCUACGACUGAAGUUGGAUCAGGCCAAACGAGUGCACCGCAAGGACGUGGAGGGAAUCAAGGCCACGCUGCGCCAGGAGGUGUCCCCAGCGGUCGGCAACGAGACCGAGGCUCAAGUGGCAGCGCCGAGAUGCUCUCCGUCUCCAGAUGUCUCCUCUCUCGAGACAGGAAAUCUUAUGACACGGCCAGUUGGCUACGUGGAGUCAUGUUUCCCAACCAAGAACGGAACGCCUCGACAGCCCUCCGUGUGCGCGGCCUCGCGGGCCCGCGUCCGUUUGGACAAAUCCGUGUUCAGCAACGCGGAGCACUCGCUCGCUGGCCUCCAGCACUUCUCGCAUGUCUGGAUCCUGUUUGUGUUCCACAAGAAUGGCCCCACCACAGCUAAAGCCAAGGUUAAGCCUCCCAGGCUAAAUGGGCUCAAAGUCGGAGUGUUUUCAACGAGGAGUCCUCAUCGACCCAAUCCCAUCGGACUUUCCCUAGCCAGGCUUGAGAAAAUUGAAGGUGGAGCACUUUACCUGUCUGGAAUUGACAUGAUCGAUGGCACGCCGGUUUUGGACAUCAAACCGUAUAUACCGGAGUACGAUGUGCCUGUUAAAGCAGUCGACGGUCACACAGUGGCAACGGAGGACCCGGAAGCGAGAGAUGCCAGCCCUGAUGGUGAACAUCUUCGAGUAUCCAACUGCGUUGACAGUGGCAACUAUGGUAACGUUCACUCAUGUGGCUCAGGUGAACCGGUUGUGACCGCUGACGAAACGGGUGUUUGCUUGGUGGACGCAAGUAAAGAGCCUCUCGCUCACGAAACCCUCGAAGCAAGAGAGAACUCGCGUGCAAGCGCUGCGGACCUUGCGACGCCGGCUUCCGAGCAACAGAGUGCGGUGGCAUCCUGGGUCAGAGAGGCGCCGGUAAAAAAUUUGGCGGUACGCUUCACGCCACACGCCGAACAGGAGCUGCAGCAACUGGCCAACGCUGCCGACAAAGGGCGCUCAGCGCUGCGCCACUUCGGCUCCGCGGAGGAGGCCCGGCGCGCGGCGACGGCGGUGCUGUCGGCGGACCCGCGCUCCGCUUACCGGCGACGCUCUUGCCAGGACCAGCUCUUCUACUUCCACCUGGACGGCCUGCACCUCACGUGCUGGUUCGGCGACGGCUUCGCGGAGGUGCUGCGCACGAGGCUCGCCCGCCCCCAGGCCACUGCCGCUGCCGCCACCACAGCUGCCGUCCCAGAGGGAGAAUCGAAGGACUAGCGUUGGCCACCCUUCCCCCACCCCCCAAACGUUACUCCCCAAGGAACCGGUGGCGCGAGACACGGCUCGUCUUCGUGGUAGACGCAAUCCAACGAACUAAUGGCUCUUCGUUUGUGGAUACUUAUACAAAUGAUUAAAUAAGUAAUCAUUCAACAUCUCAUUACAUUUUAAUUGUACGUAGGCUGUGUGCCUCAGGCUGUUAUAUGUGAAUCUCCAGCUUGAAUGAAAAUAAAUGACCGUAGAGUUAAGGUCAAGCGUUGCUAUUAAAGCGCUCUUGUGACGUUACUGUGAUGUCGCUCCAAGACAUUUGGAUGUUGAUGCAGUUGACCGUGUGUGGAACCCAGAAAGGUGCACGUUAUUUGCCGGUACCUUUAGAAACGAGUGGAACAAAUGGAACGGAACAAACUAAACAGUAAAUGAGAUGGGCAAUCCAAAUGAGAGAAAAUAUUUCAGGAAUUUAAUGAUGACUCAAAAAAUUCAAGAAUUAAUCCAAUAUCAGUGGAGGCGGGGGUGAAUCAUCAUAUAAGUCGUUGAAACGUGUAAAACUUACGUCAGUGACAUCACAAGAGUGCUGUAAUAAUUUUAUUUACUCCAACUUUUUGGGGGCUUAUUAAAAAGAGAAGCUUCAAACUUAUGUUUAAAAAUAAUAAUAAUAAAGUGUCCCCUGAGAGGCUUAACAGACUGCUGGAGCAAGUGCUGUUAGCGAGCACCUAUGAAGGCCGGCACAGCACAAGAGGGGGUGGGUGACCAACACCACGCCCAGCCACCUUUGUCUUCUAGUGCUGAUGUUUACACACCGCACCAGGUAUUCUUUUGAAGCUUAGACAACUUGCGUCUUUUGGGGCUUGGUCGACUUACGAGACGCCCAGGACCGGUUCAGAUAAUCGUCACUGGUAUUCGUUGUGAGAGUAAAUCUAACUCGCGACGCUGGGUUUGUAGUGCAGUGUGCUAACCACUACACAGCCCAAGACACACAGCACAGGUAUGCAUGUACGUACGUAGCUGCAAGGUAAGAGCUGCUUGAUUUUUGAGUCAUGUAUGUUGAACUUCUUUCGUACCGUACGUAGCCAACCGCGCUAAUCAGAGGAGUGGGAAACGGUGUCAUCUCAAUAGGGUCAGCAGUGCCAAUCCCAGACACUGGUGACUGGAAUGUUACUUUGACUUCCGUUGACUGUAAGAAUCCAUGGUCUCUGCUGUCUGCGAAAUAACAAACGUUUUCUGGCAGUGAAGAAGGAAAGCCGUGUAUUCAAAUAAGCGAAAUCAAAGUGUUAUUUGGAACCUUAGUUUAGAAACAAAGCAUGACAUUUAUUUAAGGUAGACCUUGGAAGACGAAAAUAAGUGAUAUAAAUAUGUAUGUAAAGAAAAGUAGAAGGAAGCAGCAAACAUUCGUAAAAAGACUGCGAUUCUGGUAAAUUCCUGGACAUUGCUAAAUUAUUGGUAAAUUACUGUAGGUAUGGUACAUUCCAAAUGUGAAACUGAAUAUAUCCAUUGGCAUACUAAAACAGUACAAAGGCCCAAAUAAGUAGUUUAAAAAAGGUUGAAGUACUUUAAUGUUUAAUGAUAAGAGAGGAAAACCUGUAUCAUGUGUUUAAUAUAGUUUUAAAAAUAAAUAGGCUUGUAUGAUUGCACAUAUGCUCAGUCUAUGUUAGGCUUGUUUCAACAACACAAAAGAGUUGCCAGGACAGCCCCUCUGUCAUCCGUUAGCCAACACACCCAUGCCCUGUCUGGGUGAAUAGUACAGGACCGAGUAACAUUUAUAGUCAUGAAACAAACAAAUAAAAAAUAUCCACGGACUGUACAUUGAAUAUUGCAUAUUGCAAGUACAUUAAAUCUCGUUAGAUGCUUACACAAACAUGCAGUGGGAGAGUGUAGAUGAUUGGCAUUCACAUUUUGGCCCAACUUCAAACAUGCUCGAAGCCAGUAAAAAUGUUGAUUACUGUAAUUUUUGAUAAUAUUGUUACAUGUGUGUGUGUGUUUAGGUUUUCUUUUCUGAUAUGAACACUUACAACCGUGCCCGAAAAGUGGCCUUCAAGGUUCGAGCUAUGUAGACGCACGUUGACCCAAGUGCUAUGAACCCAGUGAAUGAGCACAAGACCCCCGGACCUUUACCCUUGAUGCGACGACACUCUCUACCAAAAAGGCACCAACUGGAUCCACACAUACGCAACAUGUUUCCUGUUAAGUUGAACUUUUCCAUGAUUUUAAAUUGCCAGAUUUCCAAGUUCCUUUCCGAUGGAUCCACAGGUACUGUUUUGAUAGAAACUUAAUCAUUUAGUCUGUGGGGGAAUCAAAUUACACUCCCAACUUUCGGCAACGGACAAAGGCUUGAUGUUUUCGGCUAAACGCGUGUGCGAGUGAAAUGCAUAUUCUCUUGAACGAUACCGUAAUUCCAUUCAUGUUCAAUGUUCGUCAUUUGGAAUUGUUUUUGUAUACAUUGCCUGAUGAUGAUAGCUACAUAUGUUUUGUAUUUAUUAUUUGUAAAGCGUUUUUUUGACCUGUGACCUGUACAGCGUAGGCCUGACGUGCCGCCCAGCCUAACUGGCGAGCAGACAACACAACCUUAGCAGUUUUCUCUUCCUCCGCCUCAGUGGUGGGUAAGAUGGUAUUAGGCUGAGUAGGGCACUGUCAUCUAGAACAGAGGAGGAAAACAACUGUUAUUCAAUAACAAUAUGGUAAUUGUGCUUUAAUAUAAUUUUACCGUUUGUAAAACAUUAUGGCCCGUACAGUCAUGACUUUGACUUUUAGCCUGUCAAAAAUGCAAUGUUCAGAUUCAUCCUUAAUGAUCACCUUGUAGAGGUAAUUGAAUAAUGAAUUCAAAUCUGGUGAUUUUGUUUUUACUAAAGCAAUUGCUAAUUGAUUAUAUGGUGGAUUCCUUCUGCAGAGGAAUUAUUUAUCAAAAUGCACGUGGCUCAGAGCAUUACACCUCGUUUCUGAGUAGCUACAUUUUAUUGUUGAAAUAAAACUUAAUGCUUCCUAAA